CUGCUGCUUGUUCAUCAGCGCUGCACUGAGCUCUGUGGCAGCCAAUCAGCGGCCUGGUUUCUCUUCAGCAUCUCGGAGACACUGAGCCGUCGAGCAGACUGGAGCUCAGCAGCGGGACGAGAAGAACCUUCAGGACUUCACGACGCGAAAUUAUGGUUUUGUGAACUCGACAAGGAGGCGGAGGAUUACACCAGCAGCACAAAGAGAAAACACAAGUCAGCUAAUCCAAGCACUGCACAGAAGGAACCAAAUUCCUGCACAAGCAUGGCAGACCAGAAAGACAACAUCGAUGACUUUAAAGUCCAGACAGCCAAACAUCCUAACAUGGGCUCGGUCCCUUUACGGCCGCACAGUGAACACUCCAAAGACCGGCUGUCCAAAAGGCUUUCAACUGAGUCUAAUGGGACUAGUGACGGAGGCGUGGGCUCGUCCACACCAGUGGAGGUGACCGCUCUGGAAGAGUCGUUUCGCCGCUUCGCCAUCCACGGUGAUACUCGAGCUACAGGCAAGGACCUGCACGGCAAGAACUGGUCCAAGCUCUGCAAGGACUGUGGCGUGAUUGACGGCAAGAACAUCACCCUCACUGACGUUGACAUCGUCUUCAGCAAAGUCAAGAAGAAAUCCAGUCGCACCAUUACAUACGACGAGUUCAAGGUUGCACUCGGAGAGCUGGCCAGGAAGAAAUAUAAAGAAAAGCCUGGAGAGGAGGCUGAGGCCGAGGUCUUCAAGCUGAUUGAGGGGAAAACACCUGUCAUCGCAGGAGUCACGAGAGCCGUGGCUUCCCCGACAGUGAGCCGUCUUACAGACCCCACCAAGUUUACAGGGUCACACAAGGAGCGCUUUGACGGCACUGGUCGCGGGAAGGGCAAGGCGGGACGAGUGGACAUGGUUGACACUUCAGGAUACGUCUCGGGGUACAAACAUCGAGGGUCCUACGAAAAGAAAGUGAAUAAACCUACCGUGGGCAAACCCAUGUGAGGGCCGGCAAAAGGA